CCCCCGUCGACCGCCCCGUGAGAGACGGCCAACGGGCGUUGCUUGAUGCUUCUUGUCGUCUAUCGUCUAUCGAGAUUCGAGGGCGAACGCCCGGCCGGAGAUGUUCGAGAGCCGUAGGAGUUUGUCGAUCGAGUGGUGCUAGAACCGGAAAUCGAUGCGCACGCGAUUGAGGAUACCGUUGGAGAUUCGGAAAUGCGUUGCCCUUGUUGACGAGCGCGUCAACGCCGCUUGCCCGUCCUCGUUGCUCCAUGAGAGUGCGGAGAGUGUGCCGCGGCAACAAAGGACGAGUUUCUCGUCGCGCCCCGAGCGCGACAAUUGAAUUGAAAGUCGCGAAAAUGCGAUCCCGGACGCGCGAACUCGUCCGCUGACCCCGUGGACGGUCCACCGUUCGCCGGAGCUUCGUAAUUCGUGUGAUCGAUGAGGGACUCGCGCCAAUCGUGCCGCGUAACCCGUGAGGUUAUGCAGCGAAAUCGAGAGAGAGAGGAUAAGGAUACUCUUGUCUCUUGCGCGCCAGCUAUUUAAUGUAAACAAGAGAGAGAGAUAGUGGAAGAGGCGCGAAGAGAGGAAAGAAGGGAGAAAUCUCACGGGUAAAUACAUGAAAGGAGGCCUUAUGUUCGACACGUAAUUCGGCGAGCUCUGAUCUCUGAGGAGGAGUGCUAGUUCUAAAUCAGCUGAUCGGAGAAGCCGUUAAGGUUCGACUAGGCUCGAAUGAAUGCUUGUUGAGUGACACGCACGUUGGGAAAAGUUUGUCGAGCGAAACGUCCGUUCGCGCCGGAUAAUUUUACGCGUGUUAAUUAAGAUACAGGUAAUUAAGAUAUUCGCGAGGAGAGAAUAAUUAGCGCGAAACUGCGAAAUAAUUAGGUUGGCGAGAUGUCGGUGAACAGCACGACGUCGGUGAGUACGGGUAGGGGCGGCAGUAGUCUGCAGAAUCGAAACUCGCAGAGGUCCACCCUUCUGAAAGUGGUGAUCCUCGGGGACGGUGGUGUCGGCAAGUCCUGCCUCAUGAACAGAUUCGUGUCGAAUCACUUCGACGAGCACAGCUUCCACACCAUCGGGGUCGAGUUUCUCAACAAGGACAUCGAGAUCAACGGCGAGGCGUAUACGUUGCAAAUAUGGGACACGGCCGGGCAGGAGAGGUUCAAGACUCUCAGAACGCCGUUUUACAGAGGCUCGGACAUUUGCCUGCUCACCUACGCGGUGGACGACAGGACGAGUUUCAGGAAUCUGGCGCUAUGGCGAUCCGAAUUUCUCAAGUACGCGGACGUUCAGGAGGGCUCCACUUUUCCAUUUAUCGUUGUUGGCAACAAGGUGGACGUUCCCGAAUCCGAGAGGCAAGUUUACACGGAAGAGGCUCAAGCUUGGUGCUCAGAGAACGGUAGUCCCCCGUUAGUCGAAACGUCGGCGAAAGACGCCACUAAUGUCGAGGCGGCUUUUGGGGCGGCGGUUGAUGCGUGGGCGCGGCUGGAAGCUAGAUUAGAACGGCCUUUAGUGGAGGAUACUGUCGAUCUGUCUAAACAGCAGUCCCAGCAUCGUACGAGCUGCUGCAUGCCCGGCACCGAGUAGGUCACAGCUUUUAUCCACAUUUGUGACGAGAUAAUUGAAAUGGCUGAUAAAGAAGAUAGACACGAGAUAUACGGUCUUUAUGUGAUGCGCAAACCAGACAUUUCUGGAACGAUCGUUUAAAGUUUUCUUUAUGUUUGGAAGGGAUAUACACCACGUCACACUAUCGAACUCGUAGAAACGGUGCUUACUCUAUUUAGGAUCUAUAAGGAUACACGUUACGCAGUAGAACUGUAAGAGGUUAUUUCUAUUUGUUUGGCCUGUGUGUUUUUUUUGCAUAUUUACAGAGUAAGAUGCACAAUUCUUUUUAAAAGUUUAUAGUCCGUAGAAAAUCUGAGUGGGCUUGCUGAGAAAAAGUUUUUAGUAAUUGUAAUCUCUUUUCGGUUUUCAGUUUCAGAGAUAGAUAUUUUUACAAGUUACACUUAGAAUAUCGGUUUCUUUACUCUUGGCAUGCUUUGUUUCUAGGUCUAACAAAGUAAUUUGAAGAGAAUCUCUUGCCUGUGUCAACAAUACUCUCUUCAUUAUAUGGUGAACUUUCUUUAUUGACACUGGAAUUGCAUCGGUUGUGUGUAAAUGAGAGGAGAUAUAAUAUUGUGUUUCAAAUUCUUUACUUAAGACCACUUAAGAUCUCCAAAGAAUGAACCGCUAGGACAUCAUUAGCAAUGAACGAGCGAUUUCUUUACAGGCUUUAUAUUAUCUUAUGAAUCUUAAACGAAAUACUCGAAUCACAGAGAUCGUAUAUAAGACAAAUAAUAUAUUGUGAUUGAUCUUUCCAGAAUACAACCUUAUGAUAUAAGAUAUCAGGUUAAACGUCCUUAUUCUAUCAACGCUUUGUGCAGCUCUUAAGCUACCGACAGUAUUUUAAGUGUUUCAUACACCAUUGGCUUGUGAUAAAGUAAUAAUGAUGAUAAUAAUAAGAAUAAGAACGAUAAGUAUGAAUUAACUUAAUAUUACAUAAGUGAUAGACAUAAAUUGUAAUUUUAGCUUUGUAAUUCUAAAUUUGCCUUAUUCUCGUGACGUGCAUCUGAGAGCAUUGAAACGCAACGUGAUUUUUUUUAUUUAACCGAGAUCUUGCUAUUUGAAUAUCCAUAUUUAUAUGCGAUUUUGAUGUUUGUACAAAAUGCAGCAUAUGCUCCUCUGCUCUUGGAACAUUCUGCAUUCAAUGCCUCUUACGAUUUCCCUACAAAAUUGAUAUUAUGAAAAUGAAGCUUUUUAUACGCGAUCGCCGAUUCAUACAAUGCGUUCCUAUAGUUCCGCGUAUCUCGUUCAGAUGGUACUUGAUUCUUUAGAAAUGCCUCACAUACAGAGUACAAGGAAGUAUGUAAUGAUUUGCCAAUGACACAAUUCGGAUUAAUUGCGUAUGAAAUAUGCAUGCUGGUGCUUUUUAUAUAUGGCUAUAUGUGGAAUAUAUAAAUUUAUGAUAAAGCAUAGGAAUGAUAAUAAUAGUUAAGGAUAUUAAGAGCAUAAAAACUAUUAAAAACUAAUCAUAUCAAUGUGACGACCACCUCGUAAUUACCGUAAAUCAGGCAUUCUUACGCCAAAUCUCUAUACGAAAUCUAUAAAUUAUUUUUAAAGGGAUACACUGCUGCACUUGUAUAAAAAUCUUAUUUGUGAAGAAUGCGCGUACCAAUCGUUAUUUAUUAUUUUUACAUAUUUAGUAAACAAGGGCACUUCUCGUAUGUACAUGAUCUAUGUAAAAAAUAUAUAUAACAUAUAUUUGUGUGUGUGUGUGUGUGUGCGUGUGUGUGUGUAUGCCUUAAUAUUUUAUAAUUCUAGGAUUUUGCAAGGAAAAAAAAAUAAACUUACACUCUGCUUGUUUAAGAAUCGCCGUAUUCUUGUAAAUCGGUUAAUAUAUCCCUUUUUUCAUGAAACAUUUUUUCGGUUGUAUGUACCUACUAUUUGCGUCUGAAAAGAACGUUUUGUAAAAAUAUCUAAAUGAACACCGACAGAUGAUAUAAUAAGUAAUAAGAAUGAAAGAGUUUAUAACGUGGGAAUUAAAGAGAGAAAAGGAAUUAUAA